CUUUAUCCAGCCACGAUUUGGAAAGAGAUCGUAAGCCGACUACACAUCCUCACUUCCCAAUUCCCCUCCCUCACCGAAUCCCGAGCCAGUAUCGUCCAAUCAAUCUACAACAUGGCCCAGAAACCUAGCCUCAUAUUUGUGCCUGGCGCGUGGCAUAGCCCUGAAUGUUGGGGCAAGAUCAUGUCCGCCAUGGAGGCUAAAGUGUUCAAGUGUAUUCCCGUCGCACUUCCGACAAACCAAUCAACAAGCACCGACGUUAAUUACUCGCAUGACGUUAAAGCUGUUGCCGAUGCCAUUGCUGGCGAGACGUCGCAAGGACUUGAUGUCGUUCUGUUAGUGCACUCCUAUAGUGGACCGGUGGGACAAAGUGCCAUGAGAGGCUUCACCAACAAUUCUGCCGACACAGACGGAAAGACUGGUCGUGUGAUAGGGCUUUUCAAUGUUGCAACCGGUUUUGUCCGCGAAGGCGCGUCCUUUCUAGACGCUCUCGGCGGCAAACCCCUGCCGACUUGCGAAGUUGACUAUGAGAACAAUCUAAUGGUCAUCGUAGUCGACCCAAUCGACAUGAUGUACCACGAUCUCCCAGCAGAAGAGGCCGAUUACUGGGUUGGAAAGCUCAGCAAACAUGCCUUGACCGGUUCGACGGAAGGAUACGAAGCCACGUACGAAGGAUGGAGGGAUGUGCCUGUUUGGCAGGUCAUGACCAAGGAUGAUAGGGCUUACCCUUAUGAAGCGCAGAAGAUGCUUGUUCGAGGUGCGGAAAAGCUUGGUGCGGAUAUCACGAAGCGGCUUAUUGAUAGUGCGCAUUUGCCGAUGUUGAGUAAACCUGAUGAGAUCGUGGAGCUUCUGGAAGAGGCGAUUGAGGCGUUCACUUCAUGAAAGGCAUACUGGUCGGUAGGCCAGGGCUGUCGGCCAUCUGCCUAUCCUUUCUUCUAUUUCGAUAGCUUACGGAGUUCUUUUUUUCUAGAGCGACAAUGAGCGGGACGAAGACAUGUUUCUGAGACUUUGAUACUGGUAGCGAUGAUAUAUUGACUGGCGGUCUAGAACGCUAGCGGCACGCAAUGAACUUAUAUCACCAAUGAGAUCCUUUGAAAUGUCUCUGAGAUUGAAUAGCUG